GUAGUGUGUAAUGUAUUACAUUGGCACUAGUAUUAAAUCAGCUUUAAAAGACUCAUGUAGAUGUUUGUUAACGAGUGCAAAGUUAACCACAAAGUCAGUGUCGGUCAGGUACAGUGUGCUCAUUCGGUCCAGAGAGGAGGUCUAACCAGGUAGAAGUGAAAACACCUGUUGAAUCUACUGGACACGACGACGAUCACGGGGGACUGGGGCUGGCUAACGUACCCGUCACACGGGUGGGAUGCCAUUAAUGAGAUGGAUGAAUACUUCAGUCCUAUCCAUACGUACCAGGUCUGUAACGUGAUGAGCCCCAGCCAGAACAACUGGCUGAGGACGGUCUGGAUCCCCCGAGAGGGAGCGAGGAGGAUCUACAUCGAGGUCAAGUUCACCCUGAGAGACUGCAACAGCAUGCCUGGAGUGCUGGGCACCUGCAAGGAAACCUUCAACCUGUAUUACUACGAGUCUGACAGAGCGGUGGGUUCGACCAUACGGGAGAACCAGUUCAUUAAGAUUGACACCAUCGCUGCAGAUGAGAGCUUCACAGGGGUGGACCUGGGAGUCCGCAGACUUAAACUCAACACUGAGGUGCGAGGUGUGGGCCCCCUGAGCAGACGAGGCUUCUACCUGGCCUUCCAGGACAACGGCGCCUGCAUCGCCCUCACCUCUGUGCGGGUGUACUACAAACGCUGCGUGGGUGUGAGCCGUAACCUGGCGGUCUUCACCGACGUGGUGACGGGCGCCGACUCGUCCUCUCUGGUGGAGGUCAGGGGUCAGUGUGUGGAUCACGCAGAGGAGAGGGACACGCCCAAGAUGUACUGCAGUGCUGAGGGGGAGUGGCUGGUGCCCAUCGGGAGGUGUGUGUGCUCUGCCGGAUUCGAAGAGCACAGAGAAUCGUGUGUGGCCUGUGAGGUGGGUUUCUAUAAGCCGGUGGCGGGCGAUGGCCUGUGUGGUAAAUGUCCUCAACACAGCCACUCAGAGACCAGAGCUGCCCUCUCCUGCCCCUGCGACUCCAACUACUAUCGAGCACCAGAUGACCCACCGGCAGCUCCAUGCUCCCGCCCUCCAUCUGCGCCAGUAAAUGUCAUCUCCUCAGUCAACGGGACGUCCGUGAAUUUAGAGUGGGAUCGCCCUCUGGAUACCGGAGGUCGCAGCGACCUGCAGUACAGUGUGCUGUGUCAGAAAUGCUCAGGGGAAGGAGGGCCCUGCGAGAACUGCGACUCCCACCCAGGAGGCGCUGGUGGAGGGAAGGCGGGGGCAAGUAUCAGCGCCGGCGGAGGAGGGAUGGUGGAGCGUUUGGGCACUGCAGCAAUUCGAUUCAUUCCCCGCCAAACCGGACUGACGGAGCCCUGGGUCACUGUGCUCAACCUGGUGGCUCAUACAAACUACUCCUUCCGCAUCCAGGCUGCGAAUGCAGUGAGUCACCUGAGCAACGAGCCCUCGCCUUACACUGUGGUCAACAUCACAACGAACCAGGCAGCCCCGUCUGAAGUGUUAGCCAUCCGCCAGGAGAACACCAGUCAGAACAGCGUGACUCUGCUGUGGCACGAACCCAACCAGCCCAAUGGCGUAAUCCUGGAGUACGACAUCAAAUACUAUGAGAAGGAUAAUGAAGAGCACAGUUACUCCACGCUAAAGUCUAAAAAUACCAGCGCCCGAGUGUCAGGGCUGAAGCCGGGCACCAAAUACAUCUUUCAGGUCCGAGCCAGAACGUCAGCAGGCUGCGGACGCUUCAGCCAGAACGUGGAGAUCCAGACUGGGAAAGCAGCUCCUCUGCGCUACAACACCAUGACCAUCAUUUGGAUCUGCAUGGCCCUGCUGUCCUGCCUGGUCACCUUUCUGGCCAUCAUCAUCUGCAGGAAACGGCAAGGCUACACUUUACCACACUACCCAUCGCUGCUACACUGUGGCUACAGCAAAGCUUUCCAGGACUCGGACGAGGAGAAGAUGCAUUACCAGAACGGUCACGUGUCAUUCCCUGACGCGAGGUUCUAUAUCGACCCGCACACAUACGAGGACCCCUGCCAGGCGGUCCACGAGUUUGCCCGAGAAAUUGAAGCUUCCAGGAUCAAAAUAGAGAAAAUCAUUGGUUCAGGGGAGUUUGGAGAGGUGUGUUAUGGACGCAUGAGACUCCCCGGGAAGAGAGACAUCCCAGUGGCCCUGAAGACCCUGAAGGCAGGAUACACAGAGAAACAGAAGAGGGACUUCCUGGCCGAGGCGUCCAUCAUGGCCCAGUUUGACCACCCCAACGUCAUCCGCCUGGAGGGAGUGGUAACCCACAGCAAACCGGUGAUGAUCAUCACAGAGUACAUGGAGAACGGCUCUCUGGACUCCUUCCUCAGGAGACACGAUGGCCAGUUCACCAUCAUCCAGCUGGUGGGGUUGCUGCGUGGCAUUGCAGCCGGUAUGACCUACCUGUCUGACCUGGGCUACAUCCACAGAGACCUGGCUGCACGCAACAUCCUGGUCAACAGCAACCUGGUGUGUAAGGUGUCUGACUUCGGCCUGUCCCGAGUACUGGAGGAUGACCCCGACGCUGCAUACACCACCAGUGUGAGUUUUCACAUUGAGGGCGGAAAAAUUCCUAUCCGCUGGACGGCCCCUGAGGCCAUCGCCUACAGGAAGUUCUCCUCCUCCAGUGAUGUGUGGAGCUACGGAGUGGUCAUGUGGGAGGUGAUGUCUUACGGAGAGCGACCAUACUGGAAUCUCACCAACAGAGAUGUGAUCAAAUCUGUGGAAGAGGGCUACAGGCUGCCUGCUCCUAUGGGCUGCCCUGCUGCUCUGCACACCCUCAUGCUCGACUGCUGGCAGAAGGAUCGCAACGAGAGGCCACGCUUUUGCCAGAUAGUCACCGUUCUUGACAAGCUAAUCCGCAACCCAGAGAACCUGAAGUCCAUGGACACACUCUGCAGUUUAAGCAGUCCUCCGCUGAUGGAGAGAGCUAUCCCAGACUUCAGUAGCUGUAACUCAGUAAACGAGUGGCUGGACACCAUAAAGAUGAGUCGCUACAAGGAACACUUUGCAGCAGGGGGGUACCACACUCUGGGACACGUCAUAGGCAUGAACCAAGGGGACAUCCAGAGGCUCGGGGUGACACUGAUGGGCCACCAGAAGAAGAUCAUGACCAGCGUCCAGCUGAUGAGGGCACAAGUCCUGAACAAGAGUGUGCCAUCUGUGCACGUAUAACUCCAACAUCGAGAUUUCUUUCUGCUGAAAUCUAGAAACCCUGGCUUCUUUAAGGUCUAAAAGGGACUCCGAUCUGAUAAAAGGGAGAAGAAAACAUGUGGGAGACAAGACUAUACAAGACUUUUUCCUCAAGAAAUUGAAGAACAAAAUGUGAAAGAGUUUAACUAUGGAACAAGUAAACAUGACUUCUUUGGGACAA